AGACGGUACGGCGAGAAAAGCGUGUGGAUGAACAGAGCGGAGGAGGAAGAGGAGGAGGAGGAGGAGGAAUACUGGAAAUAUAUUCAUUCCAGCGCCUCUGAUUGGAUAUAAAAGGACAUUUCGAGUUCGUUCGCGUCUUCACUCCGUCUGCGUUUUGUGAAUGUGUUUGUUUAUUUGUUGUGAAUCAGACAAUCCGGUGUUGCUUUAAGAGAGAGGGAUCCGCUCGCCGUGUCCAAACACACACAGGGAUCAGAUCAGAUCAGAUCAGAUGAGAUCAGAUGAGAAUGGAUGGAGCUGGACUGUAGGGCUGUAACCGCACUUCUUUCCCCCAUCGAUCAGGAUCUCACCCUGCCUGUGAUCAGAGGAAUCCAGCCUGUGACCGAGUCCGGCCAGGACAUGAGGUUCGAGACAGGGAUCAUACAGGAAUAAUAAUAAUAAUAAUAAUAAUAAUAAUAAUAGUAGUAGUGGUGCGGUGAAUUCCUUCGGGAGGAUGUCAUCAUCUGUCGCCUUGUUGAAGCUGUGAAGCCCCGCUGCUGCUGUGCUGACGCUCUCCCGGGGUGUGAACAUGGGGGACCUGAGCCAGACCAGCCCCUGGAAAAAAAAGACUUUCAUUGUUCCCGCGAUCAAAUCUUUUGAGCAUUAUGAUUUUAACAGAGCGAAAAUCCGCUCGAGUCUCACCUGGCUCGUGGCCAAAGCCUUUGGUACAGACAGCAUCCCAGACAAACUGAAGGAUCCGUUUUACACAGAUCAGUAUGAGCAGGAGCAUGUGAAGCCUCCGGUGGUCGACCUGCUGCUCUCGGCCGAGCUGUACUGUCGCGCGGGCAGUCUGAUCCUCAAAAGCGAUGCUGCCAAACCACUGCUGGGCCACGACGCUGUUAUCCAAGCUCUGGCUCAGAAAGGCCUGUAUGUGACGGUCCAUGAGAGACUGGUCACUGAGAGAGACCUCUCCAUGAGACCAAUCCAGAUGAGUGCUCAUCUGGCGCUGAUUGACACUUUGAUGAUGGCCUAUACGGUCGAGACGGUGAGUAUGGAGAAGGUGGUAGCGUGCAUGCAGCAGUAUUCUACCGACUGCGCUGAUGGAGACGUACCUUAUGACACAGAAGAUGGAGUCAUUAGCUGGAUGAAUAAGGUGAACGAAUACUUGAAAGAAAUCAUCAUUCAGGAGCAAAGCAGGAAAGAGGCGCAGAGGGCAGAGCCCCUUGAGAUCCCUAAGGCCCGUUAUAGGAAAGAACAAACGUUGCCUAAAAUGGUACCAUGGAUCCCCCCAGUGGACAAUCUGCUGAAGGACAGCACAGAUGGCUGCGCCCUGGCUGCGCUGCUGCAUUUCUACUGCCCUGACCUCGUCAAACUAGAGGACGUGUGCCUGAAGGAAAGCAUGUCAUUAGCGGACAGCUUGUACAAUCUGCAGCUCAUUCAGGAUUUCUGCCGCGAGCACUUAAACCGCUGCUGUCACUUCAGCCUGGAGGAUAUGCUCUACUCCUCUUCUGCCAUCAAAAACAACUACCUUGUGUUUAUGGCUGAGCUGUUUUGGUGGUUUGAAGUGGUUAAGCCAUCUUUUGUGCGGCCUCAGGUUCUGGUCAAUGAUGCACCAGCUUCAUCAAUGAAGAAUGUCCCAUCUGUGCCCAUCUCAAAAGUCACAAAGAGAAGCUUCAUGGAAAAACCUCCCAGUCCAGACAGACCAAGUCUCCCACUUCGACAACAGCCUUUAACAUCAAACUCAGGUGAGAUCAGGCGAUCAACCUCCAUGUCAUUUGUCGACAGCUUUUUGGGGACUUGGCCCAAGGAGAGGAGGUCAGGGACUCAGGGAGUGUCCUUUGACAUCCCAUUUGAUAAGGACAACACCAACCAAACUCUUACCCAACCCAAAUGGGGUAUGACCAGGUCUGUGAGUACUGAGGGCUUUGGGCUCAAAGUAGCCAAGGGAAUGAAGCGAAAUCUGUCCUUCCAACCUGUCAAUGGCCAAAACAUUGGUAUUGAAGAAGAGGGCUGUCCAGAUACUCUUGUGGGAAUCCAACAUGGUGGUCUGAAUGGCACAGCACAAGGUAGCAUUGAGGAAACCCUGGAAAUAAUCCAUAAUUCAGAAAAGCAACAGGAGGACACCAGAGUUGAGACAGAGAAUGAAGGUUUCUUCCUUCACAUGCAGACCAAAGGAGAGCUGAUUUCAAAAACCCAAGCUGAAGAAAGCGACUCUGUGUCAGAGGCCAUGGGGAUUUCGAGCGCUUCAACUACAGAGGUGGACACUGGAAUUCACGUAAAGACAGAAGACAUUCAAGAGACUCUGGAUGAGGACUCAUCGCUGAGAGACUGUACAACAAGUAUGGAGUUAGAUGCAGACCAGUAUUUUGAGGCUAGGGCAAGUCAUAGCCAGGAUUCCAUUGGUUCAUAUCCCAGCAGUGUUGGAACCAAGUCUCCCAUAGCUGAUACCCCCAUGGGAGUUAAGAUGACCAGCUUUGCUGAACAAAAGUUAAAAAAACUCAAUCCAAAUGCAGAGUCCAAAUGGGGCAACUCUCAGGGGACUACACCAGACAGUUCAGACCUCAACCUUUCCCACUCAGUCUCCUGGGCCCCCUCACCAGAGACAAGCCCUGCCCACCAGCCACAGAGGGAUCCAGCGCAAGCAAUGGCUGCUGAAAUGGUGCAGCUGCGCAUGCGGCUGGAAGAAAAGCGCCGAGCCAUAGAAGCUCAGAAGAAAAAGGUGGAAGCUGCUUUCACACGGCACAGACAAAAGAUGGGGCGCAGUGCCUUUCUUACAGUGGUCAAGAGAAAGAAUGAUGGUGCCUCUCCAGUCCAGUACACCACAAGCGCAGAGGGUACCAAGACACUAUCUGAUACUGCAAAAUCUCCAGAAAAGUCUCCUAUCAAGUCCCUUAGUGAAGAGAGCACGUCUGAGGCAGACUUGCUGGAGUACACACGUUCUAUCGAGAAGUUGAACAGUUCUCUGAGCUUUCUGCAGGUGGAGAUGCAGCGGCUAGCCCAACAACAAGAGAUCAUCAUGCAAAUGCGAGAACAGCAGGCCUGGGUUGUGUCUCCCCCACAGCCUUCCCCCCAGAAACAGGUACGUGAGCUUAGAGGAAGUGGGACUCGCUCCUCAGGUUCCCCCUCACCAGCUGACUCCCCGCAUGCUACCCAUCGCUCCCCAACUAAUAUCAAAAGGAAGUCAGCUUCCUUCCACUCCAAAACCCCAAGGACACCCAGGCCUACAGACCUGAAGAUCACGCCAUUCAACCGGGUUCUCACUGUACCCCAGUCUGUGGACAGCAUACCUCGUCUGCGCAGAUUCUCACCCUCUCAGUCUGUAUCCAGUUCCUUUGCAUAUUUGGGGAAUGACACAAAACCAAGCAAAGAUGAUAUGCAAGCUGAACCCGUGUGUACAGAAGGUACUGCUUCUGAUCUCACUUUACCCACAAAAGACAUACAACAGCCUGAAACUGAAACAGAUAUUGCAGAUUCAAGAACCAAGGAGUUAGAUGACAAUGUGGAGGAAAAUGGAGAGAUGAAGGAUGAAGGAAAAGAAUCAGAAGGAGAAAUUAAGCCCACAGUGGAAUCUAGUGUUUCUGAGGUGUUGUCACAAGCUGUGAAAGAAACAUUCAUAGUAACUCCUACUGAGAAGCCAAUAGAUUUCGUGAUUCAAAACAACAAAAGCUUGAUCGAAGUACCACUAUCAGUCCUAAAGCCUGCUGAUGGACAGGAGUUGGAUGAGGGUGGAGAGACACUGACAGCAGGAGAGAACCAGGAUGAUGACCAGAAGAUGUGCUGUGGAUUCUUCUUUAAGGAUGAUAUGAAGGGGGAGGACAGCAUGGCACUGAAGCGAGCUGCCCUGCUGGAGAAGAGGCAGAGGAGGGAGCGGGAGAAUCAGCAGAGGAAGCAGCAGCUCGAGGCUGAGCUGGAACAGAAGAAAGAGGAGGCCAGAUUAAAGGCAGAGGAAGAUCGGCUAAAAAAGGAGGAGGAGAAAGCCAGACGGGAGUUCAUCAAGCAGGAGUACCUGAGGAGAAAGCAGCUCAAGCUCAUGGAGGACAUGGACAUGCUGGUGAAAGCUCGGCCAGCCACAGCUAAGCAAAGGAAGCCACGUCCCAAAUCCAUUCAUCGGGAUGUGAUUGAGUCACCCAAGACCCCUGUUAGGGCAACAGCAGGUUCACGUCCUCGUGUUUUUUCAGUGUCCAGUAUCUCUUUGGCCUCCCUCAAUCUGGGAGAUAAUGACAGUGUCAGCUCAGAGAAACGAACCCCCAGUAGGCCUGACUCGGCUGACAGCUUUCUGUCUCCUUCUCGGUCUGGGAGCCAUAAUGGAGAGAAGGACUGGGAAAAUACUUCCACCACCUCCUCUGUCACUUCCAUCACUGAAUACACAGGUCCUAAAUUGUACAAGGAGCCCAGUGCCAAGUCAAAUAAGCAUAUUAUUCAGAAUGCUUUGGCUCAUUGUUGUCUGGCUGGGAAGGUCAAUGAAGGUCAGAAGAACAAGAUCCUGGAGGAGAUGGAGAAAUCGCAGGCCAACAACUUUCUAAUCCUGUUCCGGGAUUCGGGCUGCCAGUUCCGCGCUGUGUACACAUACUGCCCCGACACCGAGCAGAUUAACAAGUUGGCGGGCAUUGGGCCCAAGAGCAUCUCGCGCAAGAUGAUUGACGGCCUAUUCAAGUACAAUUCUGACCGGAAGCAGUUUAGCCAAAUCCCAGCUAAGACCAUGUCUGCCAGUGUAGAUGCCAUUACCAUCCAUAGCCACUUGUGGCAGACCAAGAAGCCAGGAACACCGAAGAAAGUGUCACCCAACAAGUCCUAAGGUUUUAUAUUGGCAUUCGCUUAUAUUGGCGUGCUUCUGUUCUCAGCAAUGCUCUCUUUCGCUGUACUGACUCCAGCCUGCACUCCAGCCUGCACUGCACAGAAUUCUGCAUCUUUGUCAUGGAACAAAACCCACACUUUCUCUCAAAAAAUAUAUAUAUGCACAACUGGAUUGUAAAACAGUAUGGGCUUGUCAGUGGAUCUCACGCCUGCAUUUAUAACCUGAGCGUCUCAUUGCUGUUCAGUUAAAGCAUGUGUGUAUGGCUGGGUGGGUGAGUGUGUGUAACUUUUAUAUGUGGCAAGAAAAUAGUAAAUGAGGAAGUGAUGAAAUAUGACUGAUAUUUGGUACAAUGAAGCACUGAAUGUCAUUUGUCUGUAUAAAGAGAAACGUUGCAUAUACAUACGUUAACAUGUGGCCUUGGUUUCGAAUUCUUUGGUUGUUUUAUAGUAUGUAAUGAAGUGAUCUUACGAAAGAUAAUUACCACUCGAGUGUUUUUUUAAAGAGCUGGUCACCUGUGGACUUCGCUUUCAGGAGCAAUGCUGUAUGUAUGCAUUAAACAAAUCAGUGUGCUAAUACAUAGUAUAUUUUUGCUUGCAUUUGCUACGUUUCAUUUUUUAAAGUGGCUUUGGUUCACAGCAGGAUUGUGAAUUCUUACAGUGUUUUAGGAUUUUCAUUUUAUUAUUUAUCUGCAUAAUCUCACAGAUCAAAGGAAUUGUUUUUUUAAUUCAGCAUGUCAUGAUAAGUUGCUACGGUUUAGAACGCCACACUCCUGUUGCAUAAUUAUGUGAUUGUAGGUUGUUAAAAUGAAGCUAGCAGAUAUUUGAUAAUGCCAUAAUGAAUAAUGUAUCAGUGAUAUUUCUCUUGUCAGCUUCACAGUUUAAAUUAAUAUAUAUUGACAAGUUUCAUUGUAUCAGUAGUUAUUCUUGUUCGUCUCAUUUGUGAUAGAUGACAUAUUUCACUGAUUCUGCCACAGUCAUUAUGAUUUCCAGAGUAAAGUUCCCUGGGUACAAGUAGAGACGGUAUUGUCCCAUAAUGUCCUAAAAUUUAUCAAAACUGUUAAAAAGCAAUGUGCCAAACACCAUCUUUGUAUUGCUAAUGGAUGAUUUAGACUGAGAACUGAUGCUUUUAUAAAUAAUUUAUUUUUAAUUCGUAUUUGGCAUGGGAUAUCAAAAGUUCAGCUGGUUGAUGUUUGUGGAAUAUAUUUCAGUGUAAGGAGAAAGCAUGGCCCCUUUUGGAUCUCUCUUGGGUGAAAUAGUGCUGUUUACGGGUCACAGUUCGCUAACUUUAAUAUGAACAUACGCUGAUUUGAUUUUUGUUGAUUUUUCUAGUUGUCUUUCAGUUCCUUAUUCCAUGGCCAAUGCCUUUCCACAAUCAUCAACACACUCCUUUUAAUAAAUAUAGUAAAUUACUGAAUGUAACUUGGAUUGUGCACUGGAAAAUGUACAGAUCUGAUGUACUGUAUUUGGGGGACAACACACACCUUUUUGAAGCAGUUGUAUUUAAAUAAUUUGGCUGUUCCAAGCCACAAAUUGAACUGGCUAUGUAUUUGUAAAUAAGCACAGUUUACAUAUUGUACAGUGUAUUUUGAACUCAUCUACCCAUCUUAAUCAAGCAUUUUUUCAGUUGUUAAAUAGUCACACACAUAUCUAAG